AUUCACAUUCACAUCACUUGAAUUGCAACCCAGAGAAAAAAAAACAUCAUUUGAACCAAGUGAAGUUGAGUUACAAGCUUUUAAAAUGGGUUUUUCUUGGAUAAGAGGGAAGUGCAUUGGUAAGGGCGCGUUUGGCACCGUCAGCGUCGCGCUUCGCAAACGCGACGAUCAAACUCAAAAUUUCGCGGUGAAGUCCGUGGAUUUAAAAACGGGUCUCCCGGGUCAGCUCGAAGCGUUGGAGAAUGAGAUUCGGAUUCUCCGGCGCAUGUCCUCUCCGCACGUGGUAACUUUUCUCGGCGACGACGCCACGUGCGAGCAGCGGAACCUUCACAUGGAGUACAUGCCACGUGGUACGCUCGCUGACCUGGACGCUGACGUGGACGAAGCUUUAGUGAGACGCUACACGUGGUGCCUUGUGAGCGCGCUGAAGCACGUGCACUCAAACGGCGUCGUUCACUGCGACGUGAAAGGAAAGAACGUCCUCGUCGGAGACGGAGGGAAAGGUUUCAAUUGCAAACUCGCCGACUUCGGAUCGGCGGCGGAGUUCUCCGGCGAGGGGUUUCCGGCGGUGGUGCCGCGCGGGAGUCCGCUGUGGAUGGCGCCGGAGGUGAUUCGCCGGGAGUGGCAGGGUCCGGCGUCGGACGUGUGGUCGUUGGGAUGCACGGUGAUCGAGAUGCUCACCGGAAAACCGCCGUGGGAGGGAAACUCCUUCGACGCGCUGAGUCGGAUCGGGUUCUCCGGCGAGGUGCCCGAAUUUCCGAGGCGGUUGUCGGAGCUCGGAAGGGAUUUUCUGGAGAAGUGUUUGAGGAGGGAACCGUGGCGGCGGUGGAGCUGCGAUCAGCUGCUGCAGCAUCCGUUUUUGUUGCCGUGUGGCGAGAUUGCGGAAUCGUCGCCGCGGUGUGUUCUCGACCGAGUUGACACGGAGUUCGCCGAGUUCGACCAAGAAGAAGAAGAAGAAGAAGAAACGAGAAUUGAAAAUGAAAAUUUUGCGAGGAGUAGAAUUGGAAAACUGGCGAUGAGGGUAAGGGUAAAUUGGGAAACAGAAGGUUGGGUGGUGGUGAGGGAAUUCGCUUCCGAUGCGGAACCGGCGGUGGCGGUUGACAGUUCUGAGGACGUUAAAGACGGGGCAUGUCCGGGAAAUAUUGGGAGCGUGAGGGUAGAAAAGGGAAUUCAUGUAGGGACAAAUUUGGAAUUUAAAGGUUUAGAAAACGAAAGGGUAAAAAUAAAAAUUUGGAAUUUGGGUGGGAGGGGGUGGUUGGUGCAGUGCAACUACAGGGAGAGUAAAGCUAGUUGGAGGAGUCAGUGCGUGUGGGAAAAUGUUGAUAAGAAAAAAGGAAUAAUAAUGAAAAAGAACAUUUACAGGUUGUACUGUAAAUUAUUGAAAUCACCUUGUUUGUUCUUGGAGUAUUUAAAUACAUAUUUAUGUUUUGGGAUUAUUUAUGUUGAUUACUUUUCAUGGCACCGUGACAAAAAUAUCUUGAGAAUUUUUCUUAAGAAUAUUCAGGAACUAAUAAGCGUAUGUUUGGUGAUGCGAUACGAUUAUGCAUUUUUUUUCUACGGUUACAUUGAAACAAUCUUGAUUGUUUCUGAUUUUUCACGAUCAUACCACAAUUUUAACCGGUAAAAUUGAUUCCAAACACGGUUUGUUUGUUAUUGAG